UUUGGAGAAAGAGAAGCUAGGAGAAAACUCAGUGUGGAAGAAAAUGCGGAAAAAGAAGCGAUUUGGAAGAAGAGUUUUCCCAACCCGAGGCUCGCAGGAAGUCUUAUCACACAGGGACAGAUGUAAUAUGAUGAUUUGAUAGGCGGAAAAUUCCUGACGCAGAAGCAGAGCUGAUAACACGGAGCUUUUUACUCUGACCGCGAUAUCUCAGACUACACUGGUGCUACACAAUAACCGAUGAGAAAUUGUGGGAAAUAUGAACAUAUGAAACCUGUGAUAACAAUCUGUUCUUUGCACAGAGAAGCGUAAGAGCCACGAAGGAGCCUGAAGUGCAGUACGAAGUGAAUGCACGGAAACUCGACAGAUAACUGCAAGCAUGGAGCUGAAAAGCCAACGCAGAACCCAUGAUGCCUCCCUCAGGCAGCACCAAGCAACCCCACUGUGAACAAUGGCCAGGUGGAGCUCUUUUGCAUUCAGAUAUGGCUUUGACCUGGGUAGUUACUUCCAUGACCUUCGACCCCUGGGCACCGGUGCAUCUGGCCUGGUGUUGUCUGCCAUUGAUAGGCGAAGCGGGCAACGAGUGGCAAUUAAGAAGCUGGCACUACGUGAUUCCGUGAGCAUUAAACAUGCAUUGCGUGAAGUAAAAAUCACAUGCCGGCUCCAGCAUGAGAAUAUAGUAAGGGUGUAUGAGGCACUGGGCCCAUGUGGCCAGCCUUUACCCCACAACCUCACUCAGCUCACAGAGAUCUACAUUGUGCAAGAGCUUAUGGAGACAGAUCUGGGCCGGAUAUUGGAACAGGGCCCGUUGCCAGUGGCCCAUGCUACUUUGCUUUUUUACCAGCUUCUGCGAGGCCUCAAGUUCAUCCACUCAGCCAAUGUACUGCACCGUGACCUGAAGCCAGCCAACAUCUUCAUCAACACUGAGCAGAUGCUGCUAAAGAUAGGAGACUUUGGAUUGGCACGCAUUGUUGACCCACACUACUCGCACAAGGGCUACCUCUCAGAAGGGAUGGUGACUAAAUGGUAUCGCUCCCCACGUCUGCUGCUCUUUCCAAAUAACUACACCAAGGCCAUCGACAUGUGGGCUGCAGGCUGCAUCCUGGCUGAGAUGCUUACAGGCCGAAUGCUUUUUGCAGGUGCACAUGAGCUGGAGCAGAUGCAGCUAAUUCUGGACACUGUGCCAGUGAUUAGGGAGGAGGACCGGCAGGAGCUGCUGAGAGUCAUGCCUUCUUACGUCAACCACAACUGGGAGGUCAGGAGAUCACUGCAAGAGCUUCUUCCUGAGGUGGAGGAGGAAGCCACAGAUUUCCUGGAGCAGAUCUUGACCUUUAACCCAGUGGACCGGCUGACAGCAGAAGCAGCUCUGUCUCACUCAUUCCUCAGGCAAUAUUCCUGUCCUCAGGAUGAGCCUGUGUCUCUUCAGCCCUUCCGCAUAGAGGACGAGCUGGAGGACAGUCUGGUGAGCGAACAUGGCCACUGGGACAGUCUUUCAUCUGAUCCGUGUUGGAAGCAGCAGGAGCGGUGUGACUGCAAACAGAGUGUGUCAGACAUGGGAGAGACUGAAGAGGAUGAGGUCCAGAGAGAUCCCCGAGCCAAUUCUUCCUCCCUCAUUGAGGAAGCUCUGGUGGACCCUGGUAAACACUCUCACAGCAGCUCGGCAGAACGCUUUCUUGAACAGUCACACUCAUCUUUGGACAGGCUCUGUGGCCACUACAUGGAGCUUGACUGUGGGCGCUCCUGUGACUACAAAGUGGGUUCUCCUUCAUAUUUGGAUAAAAUAGCAUGGAGGGAUGGGAAGCCCCAACACUAUUCUGAGCCAAAGCUGAUUCUGGACUUGUCUCAUUGGAAGCGCAACACACUCCCAUCUCCCAAAGAGGGGGAUCCUGAGCAGCUUAAUGUUGAGGAACCUGCUGAUUUGUUCCAGGAGAUUUCACGCUGGGCAGCAAGCACACAACUGGGCCUUCAUUCUCCAAGGUCACCUCAGGAACCUCCAACCUCACCAGGAUCUCCCCCUCUACCCGUUUCCCCUUCUCUGCUUUCUCACUCACCCACAGAAACGCAGGCACCUUCUCUACUGUACACUUCCCAGCUUCUUCAGCAUGGCAGGAGAAGUCCAGCUUCUUUCUUUUUGCCUCCUCCCCCCCUGUUGCCUUCCUCUCCUUCUUCACCAACUACAGGUUCAUUACCCCCUUUUCAAAACAAAGUCUUGCCAAUAGCUAGUGGAAAGGAACACUCUCACUUUGACCUGGAUGUGUUCAUAUCACAAGUAAAAAGUGAGAACACUGUUACUUCUAAACAGGGUAGUGUUAGCUGUACCUCUAGGAUCUCAGAGCACAAACCUUCCAGAACUCAAACUUCAAUGCCAGAUGUAGUUAAAUCUCAAAGCUUUCACAAACAACAAUGGUAGAAAGAGUGGAGAAGACCUACCUAGAACUGGGUGACUGAUGGCUAAACCUGAUGAUUUAGUGCUGCUCUUGCAAGGCUGCAUAGUUUCAUUGAUGUCUGAUCUAAUUAUAACAAAAAGUUUCUGCCCAAUUGUGUUUCUAAUGGCUCCUAAAAUGUGACAAUACCUCAGAGGAAAAAUGCUCAGCUCCCUCACCGUUCUCCCGAGGACCAAGUGUCUUACACAAGUCAGUACAAGGGCAUACUGCAGAAUCAUCAAAUAGAUGUUCUAGAAUUCUAAUGUGAGGCCUAAAAUCUACAAGCAUCAGUUAUACUUGAUAACACCCACAAUCAAGGGUCUAUCAUUAAAAAAAAAAAAAACACACACACACUGACAAGAGUGUUAGCGCAUAUUUUGGAGCCAUUUAUGCAAAAAUCAAUAGAAUUCCAAAGGGUACACAAACUUUUCUGUAUCACAGAAAUAUUGCUGAAUGUAGUUUUACAGUUCUUCCAACAUUUAAAUGCACCUAAAAUGCAGAAGAAAUUUUUAAAUGAUAAUUCAUGCACUCUGCAUAUGAGCUGCUUUUUAUACCACUGUAAUUGCCACCUUUGCAAUAGUAGACAGUAAUGGUUUGCCUGAUUACCGUUUCCAAAGCUUUCAUCUAAUAAACUUAUGCCUUGUAAUAUACAAA